CACGACAUUUUGGACAGGUAGAGUUUGUUAAUAUUUAGGACAUGUUUAGAUGUUUAUAGACUAUGUAGAGAUUGUACACUUGAAUAGAGGCGACAAUGACAGGUAACAAAUCUAUAGGCUGAGAAUAUUCUUGUUUCGAAGACAAUACAAUGGAUAAAGAAUUGCCUUUGAUCAGACAAUCGUCUACUGCUGCAUCAGAAACCGUGUACGAUGCUCCAGAUUCAGUAAUUACUUUGCCAGAUUAUUUCCCCGUUGCACCAUCCGUGCCGUCUUCAGCCUUACAAAGUCCAGUUAAAGAAACUCUUUCCAAAACUGUGAGUAAUGUUACAUCGGGCAAGUCUACAGUGUUCAGCGAACAGACCAAACAACACAACUCAGCAUCAGAAACACAACCGUUAGAUGUCAGUCACCCUCACGUAAUAAACAGAAACAUUUGGUCCGUAUGGGGAGAUGAACCUCAACGUCAUGAUGAUAGAAAUCAAAUGUGUUUGUACAAUGGUGGAUAUGAACAACCAGUCUUACCGUAUUAUUAUCACAAAGACCGGAAAUCAAAGAGGCGAAGGAGGGAGAAAAAAGCUCAAUUCCAAUCAGAUGACGCUUUGAAAAUUGCUGUAAUUAUUGUAGGGUUAAUAACAUUACUGAUAUUUCUUGUCACGGUAUUUGUUGCUGUUUAUUAUGGUUUGACUGCUGAUGUCUUAGCCCCAACCACAGUUCGACAAUGACAUUAAAAAUACAUAUAGGCUAGAUAUUUUACAACAUGCUAUUAACAAAUAUUGUU